ACUAAAAAACCUUAAAUUUUUUACCAUUAAACCUUGUAGACCGUAGACUGUAGUUAAUAGUUAUUAGUUUGUAAAUAUAGUACAGCAUAUUGAUAAUUUAUAAUGUAUAAUCAUGACACUUGACAUUUUCCCCUUCUACGUUUAAUACCCCAUAUGCCCUUAUAUAGUAAUAUAGUAUUAUAGACUUAAGAGUACAAUACUUAUCAAUUUUUAUGUUAUAUCCUGGUCUUAUUAUUAUUCACUGAGAAACUAAUAUUUUUUGUCGUAUUCCAUUGUCAAUUAUUCAUGAGCUUAUUUUCAUUUUCAUAAUAUUUGUACGAAUUGCGCCACUGUACAAUGUACAAUAAUGUCCCAGAUACAGUCCGGUUAGAUUAAAUAUUAAUUACAAAUUAUAUAUAAAUGAAGUUAAAUCAAGAGUAUUGGGUAUCAGAACUACCUAAACCACUUACAUUUAUUCCUAUUACACAAUUAGCAAUUCCAGGAUCUCACGAUUCAUUUUCGUACACCAUCACACCACAUAGCAAAUUAGGGCCAGAUGCUUCAAGACUUGUAAAAUAUUUAAACUGCCUGUUAGGACCUGCCAUGCGCCGAUUUGUCUACAAAUGGUCUAUUACUCAGACAUGUAAUAUUCAAACUCAACUGAAUCUUGGAAUAAGGUAUUUUGAUUUAAGGAUGGCUACUAAACCAAAUGAUACCAAUUUUUACACAGUUCAUGCACUUUAUGGUGAUCCAGUUACAAAGGAAUUGGUGAAUAUGAAGGAAUUUUUGGUGACACAUACCAAAGAGAUUCUCAUAUUGGAUUUUCAACAUUUUUAUAAUUUCUCAGAAGCUGAUCACAAUCGAUUAUCCACAGUUUUGAAAUUACUAUUUCAUAAUAUGAUUUGUCCCUAUGUAUAUUCAAUUGAAAUGCUUGACUUAAAUACAAUGAGAGCAAAUAAUUGGCAGGUAAUUAUUGUUUAUAGACAUUCUCAAGAUGACAUAUUUUGGCCAUCUUCACUUUGGCCAACACCAUGGCCACAAACCACAUCUUAUAAAAAAUUAAUAACAUUUUUAGAAUGUGGUCUCAAACAAAGAAAAAAAAAUGCAGGAUAUGUAACUCAGUGUCUAUUUACUCCAGAUGUAAAGUUUAUAAUGAGAUAUUUUUAUUUAAAUCUUCAAAAUUGUUGUCGUUCAUUAAAUAUUGCAAUACCUAAAUGGAUAAAUAAUCAAAAAAUAGGUAACGAGCAUGGUGUAAACGUCAUAAUUGCAGACUUUAUUAACAACAAUGGAUUUAAUUUUUGUGAUAUUGUUGUCCACCUGAAUUAUAAAUGUUUAAAAACUUUAAAUAAUACACAUGUUUAGUUUAGAAUAAUUUUUAAUGUUUACUAUAUACAUAUGAAAAUAUUUUUAUUUAUUUUGCUAUAAUAUGUGCUAACUCAGUCUCAUAAAAAUUUUUUUAAUGAACUAAUUACAAACAAA